ACGCAAAUUGUCGUUGACAGAUGUGCGAGAGGAAACUUGGAGCUAAAAAAUCCAUCAGUCGCAGAAAUAUCGCAGUGAUAUAUGCGUGUCGACAAGAAUCUAAAGCUUCUCGUCUUCUAAAAUAAAGUUCUUCCCGUGUGUUUCCCGUAUGUAAAAUGUGCUACUAGCAUAUAUGAGAGGAUCGUUUACAUACUUUAACUGUAAUUCUGUAAUAACGUAAACUUUCAUGAUGACAGUCUGAGAAUAAAAACGACAGUUGUAUAACAGUAAUUUGUACUUAGAUCGAAGAAAGAAUUAUCAUGGCAUAUCCGAACGCAAUGUACGGUUCUACUAACCCUGGAUCCGGAAUCGAUCCAAACGUUCAGCAAUGGUUCUCCACAGUGGAUAGAGAUGGGAGUGGACGGAUAUCAGCGACGGAACUGCAGUCAGCGUUGGCUAAUGGUCAAGGAGGCACUUUUUCUGACACAGCGUGCAAAUUAAUGAUCGGCAUGUUUGAUAAAGAAAAGAAUGGCACUAUAAAUAUAUCGGAAUUCCAAGCUCUCUAUAAUUAUGUGAAUGCAUGGCUCGGUGUCUUUCGUGGCUUCGACCAUGAUAAGUCAGGCAGUAUUCAAGAGAGCGAACUCAAUGCCGCUCUAACGCAAAUGGGCUACAAACUUAGUCCACAGUUUAUUGAAUUUCUCAUAAAAAAGAGCGAUCUUCGUGGUCAUCAAUCCAUUACCAUUGAUCAGUUCAUAGUUUUGUGCGUUCAAAUACAAAGGUUUACAGAAGCAUUUAGAACAAGAGACACGGAUCAAACUGGAACGAUUACCAUCGCAUUUGAAGAUUUCUUGGCAGUGGCUCUUAGUUGCAGCAUAUAAUACCCGCAUCUUUUGAUAAUAAAACAGUUAAAUUAUCCUUAGCAGCACUCGAGAGGAUACUUGUAGCUUGCACUGCAGAUUCUAUUUUUCUAUCUCAGGAAACGAUGUAAAAUAAUAAGUUUAUGCGUAUAGCUUUUUCUAGGCUUAUCAUAGAUAUUUAAAAAAUUCUUAUAUACACUUUUUAUAAUUCGUACAUUUAUUGUACACACCGAAGUUUUUAUUAUACUUUAUUCAUAACUGAGCGAAUAUAUAAUAUUUUAAGAAUUUGAAAUAGGAUAAAAGAUAUGAAUAAAUGUAAGAAGCGUUGAAAC